CUUUCAUUAUUUUCUUUGCAAAUUGCACUUCUUUGUUCUAAUAUUGCACCUUUGAAAAGCUCAUAAUAUAAUCCUGCAAUAUUUAUCACGAUAUUACUGAUGGAUUAACUACGCUUUGCACACGAAUGGACUUUCAUAAGUAUCGUUUUUUAAUAAAUAUAAUCUGUUCAAUUUGAAAUGAUCUACAUUCUACAUGUGUUGUCAUCGUGGAAGGUUCAGUUUUCGCUUUUCACAUCCAAUAUACGUUUCCCUUGCUGGGUUUAAUCACUUUUGAUACGUAAUGGACAGGUUAGAAAGUAUAUUGGGGAUGCGUUUUUGAAAUGGGAGACAAUGAACUUGCCUCGUUCAGGGAAAAAUGGAAACACGAAAUUAAAACAAAACAGCACCUUGCUGAAAAUUGUAAAACAAUCCAAGUGGCUAAAACUGACCCAGUAUCUAGUGUAAAUGAACCCAAAGGCGGAAACCCACGUGUAAAAAAUAUAUUAAACACUGCAGAACAUGAAGACACACGUACAUUAUAUGGUUGUAAUUUCUCAUCAGAUUCCAAAGGGCCAGUUUGUUCUGAGAAUUUCAAAAGUGUUUCUAAGAAAUCUAAGCUAGAGCAGAAACAACCAAUAGCGUUGCUUACACUUGAAAUUCCCACUUACAAUCGAACAGAAGCUACAGAAAUUAGUGCUAAAACUGAGCAAACACAUGAUCCAAAAUUACCUUGCCAAGCGAACGAGGAUUUGCUAUCUUUGUUGAUCAGAGAUAUUGAUGAAACAACAUCGAUUCCUUUUUUUGACAUCAGUCUGCCAAAGGAGGUCUGCAUAAAGAUCUUCAGCCAUUUAGAUGUGGUUGACUUGUGCAUGUGCUCAUGCGUUAGUAAGGCUUGGUCGUUCAUUGCCAAUGAUGAGUUACUAUGGUAUAACCUAUACAAAAGGUUAGGUUUUACCAGACAUAGUGGUGAUGUAAGGGAAAAAUUUGGCUGGAAAGGCAUCGUUAAGGAUCAAAUGGUAAAGCAACGUUUGGUCGCCCAAAACUGGAAAGAGCGGAUCUGUCAGAUUCAAACCUUUGAAUAUGAAAAAGGUGGGGUUUUAACAGCAUGUCAGUUAUAUGGUGAUGUCUUGAUAGCAGGUUACGCCAAUGGUAAAACAUGCUUAUGGAAUGUUGAAACCAAUCGACAACAUUCUCUUGAACCAUCAGCAGAAGUUCAUCAGGACCCAAGCAAAGCUAGCGUUGAAUGUGUUGCAGGACUUGGCAGUGUUUGUGCCACAGCCUUUACUUGUGGUAUUGUAAAUAUUUGGCAUACCGACAUCAGCGUUGAUCCAAUUUACCAAUAUCACAUCGGUACAGCGGCCAAUCACAUUGCUUUAACGUCCAGAACCAGUCCGUUACUUCUGAGCGUCACAGGAACCGACAUUCGUGUCGAUCAAGUCAACGACGAUGGACAAUGGCAAUUCUUGCAUAGCCACACUUUUGAAGAUAAGGUAAAUUUCAUAAAAAGCUUACAGGACGAGAACAAAACACUCUUCGCACUUGCCCUAAAAGAAGAUGUAUUCAUUUACGAAGCGAAGCUGAAUGUCACGAGGGAACUCGAUAAACUUGCUGGAACGAAGGUGACAUCAAUGGAUUCUAAUAGAGACCUUAUCGCUAUUGGCUGGGCACCAUUUGGAUUUGGCAUUGGCAAUGAAUUUACGGCUAAGGUGCGUCUCUACGACAUCGCGACCCUCCGAAGUUUGUGUUCUUUUAUCGGCCACCACGCCGACAUCACGUGCUUGAAUCUUAGCUUUCCGGGAGGCCUGGUGACUGGUAGCAAGGACAAUCGUGUACGCGUCUACGAUUUGAGGACCGAACAUCCCCAAAUGAGCCUGCGAGGUCAUUUAUCUUUAGUGACCACGGUGCAAAUGGACUCUUGGAAAGUGGUCAGCGGUGCUUACAAUGGUACUCUCAAAGUAUGGGACCUGCGAAUGGGUGGGGUCCUAUGGGAAACGCGGGCGUCCCACCCUGUGAGACUUGGCCGUUUUAACGCGGAACGAUUAAUCACGGCAAACAUACCCGUGGACAAGAUGCCACGGAUGAACAUGUGGUAUGCUGACGAUCUCAUCCAGCAUCGGAGGCACAGGGGUACCGUACAGGUGUAUGAUUUUGGAGUCGAGGCCGGUGCUGUUGUUCCUGAAGAAAUGAGAUCGAAUUAUGAUGAUAUUUCCGGUUAUAAUUAUAACAUAAACCUUGUCGCUCCUUAUGACACGCUCGCGAGUGAAAUAAAUUAAAUAUGAGAUGAUCAGUUUUGUCCGCAACGAUUGACGUUUGUUUAUGCUUCGUCAUCCUUGGAAAAUUGCCCGAGGAUACGCCAUUUUGAAUCGUAUAAAUAAACCAGUAUACGUAAACUAACUGCCUAAAAUAGCCUUAAAACGUCUCGACGUUUCGACGUAAGGGCCUUCGUCAGAUGAGAUAGAAAGAGAGGAAGGAAAGAAUGGGGGAGAACAUGUUUUGUAUGAGGGGAAAACAAGCAAAAG